AUGCCGGCGGGCAUGACGAAGCAUGGCUCCCGCUCCACCAGUUCGCUGCCGCCCGAGCCCAUGGAGAUCGUGCGCAGCAAGGCCUGCUCGCGGCGAGUCCGCCUCAACGUCGGGGGCCUGGCGCAUGAGGUGCUCUGGCGCACCCUGGACCGCCUGCCCCGCACGCGGCUGGGCAAGCUCCGCGACUGCAACACACACGACUCGCUGCUCGAAGUGUGCGACGACUACAGCCUCGACGACAACGAAUACUUCUUCGACCGCCACCCGGGCGCCUUCACCUCCAUCCUCAACUUUUACCGCACUGGGCGGCUGCACAUGAUGGAGGAGAUGUGUGCGCUCAGCUUCAGCCAAGAGCUGGACUACUGGGGCAUCGAUGAAAUCUACCUGGAGUCCUGCUGCCAGGCUCGCUACCACCAGAAGAAGGAGCAGAUGAACGAGGAGCUCAAGCGUGAGGCCGAGACCCUACGAGAGCGGGAGGGCGAGGAGUUCGACAACACGUGCUGUGCGGAGAAGAGGAAAAAGCUCUGGGACCUACUGGAGAAGCCCAAUUCCUCUGUGGCUGCCAAGAUCCUUGCCAUAAUUUCCAUAAUGUUCAUCGUCCUCUCCACCAUUGCCCUGUCACUCAACACGCUGCCCGAGCUGCAGGGCGUUGAUGAGUUUGGCCAGUCCACAGACAACCCCCAGCUGGCGCACGUAGAGGCCGUGUGCAUUGCGUGGUUCACCAUGGAGUACCUGCUGCGGUUCCUCUCCUCGCCCAAGAAGUGGAAAUUCUUCAAGGGUCCACUCAACGCCAUUGACUUGUUGGCCAUCCUGCCAUAUUAUGUUACCAUCUUCCUCACCGAAUCCAACAAGAGUGUGCUUCAGUUCCAGAAUGUUCGUCGUGUGGUCCAGAUCUUCCGCAUCAUGCGUAUUCUCCGCAUCCUUAAGCUCGCACGCCACUCCACUGGCCUCCAGUCCUUGGGCUUCACCCUGCGGCGGAGCUACAAUGAGCUGGGCUUGCUCAUUCUCUUCCUCGCCAUGGGCAUCAUGAUCUUCUCCAGCCUUGUCUUCUUUGCGGAGAAAGAUGAGGAGGACACCAAGUUCAAAAGCAUCCCAGCCUCCUUCUGGUGGGCUACUAUUACCAUGACUACUGUUGGAUAUGGAGACAUCUACCCUAAGACUCUCCUGGGGAAAAUUGUGGGGGGGCUCUGCUGCAUCGCAGGGGUCCUGGUGAUUGCUCUUCCCAUCCCCAUCAUUGUCAACAACUUCUCUGAGUUCUACAAGGAGCAGAAGAGGCAGGAGAAAGCAAUCAAGCGUAGAGAGGCUCUGGAGAGAGCCAAGAGGAAUGGCAGCAUUGUGUCCAUGAACAUGAAAGAUGCUUUUGCCCGGAGCAUCGAGAUAAUGGACAUCGUGGUUGAGAAAAAUGGAGAGAAUAAGGACAAAGUACAAGAUAACCACUUGUCACCCAACAAAUGGAAAUGGACAAAGAGGACACUAUCUGAAACUAGUUCAAGUAAGUCCUUUGAAACCAAGGAGCAAGGAUCCCCUGAGAAGGCCAGAUCAUCUUCUAGUCCUCAACACCUGAAUGUCCAGCAGUUGGAAGACAUGUACAAUAAGAUGGCCAAGACCCAAUCUCAGCCCAUCCUCAAUACCAAGCAAUCAGCAACACACAGCAAACCAAAGGAAGAACUUGAAAUGGAGAGUAUCCCCAGCCCCAUAGCUCCUCUGCCUCCUCGUACAGAAGGAGUGAUAGACAUGAGAAGCAUGUCGAGUAUUGAUAGCUUCAUUAGCUGUGCCACAGACUUCCCUGAAGCCACCAGAUUCUCCCACAGCCCUUUGAUGUCACUCCCCAGCAAGACUGGGGGCAGCUUGGCCCCAGAGAUGGGCUGGCAGGGAGCUCUGGGUGCCAGUGGUGGUAGGUUUGUGGAGGCCAACCCCACCCCUGAUGCCAGUCAUCACUCUACUUUCCUCAUUGAGAGCCCCAAGAGUACCAUGAAGACCAACAACCCCUUGAAGCUCCGAGCACUUAAAGUUAACUUCAUGGAGGGCGAACCCAGUCCAUUAGUCCCUGUUCUGGGGAUGUACCAUGACCCUCUCAGGACCCGGGGGGCUGCUGCAGCUGCAGUCGCUGGGCUGGAGUGUGUCACCCUCUUGGACAGGCCUGUGCUGAGUCCAGAGUCCUCCAUCUACACCACAGCAAGUGCUAGGACACCCUCCCGGUCGCCCGAGAAACACACAGCAAUAGCAUUCAACUUCGAGGCAGGUAUCCACCAGUACAUUGAUGCAGACACAGAUGAUGAGGGACAGGUGCUGUACAGUGUGGACUCUAGCCCUCCCAAGAGCCUCCAUGGGAGUACCAGUCCCAAGUUCAGUGUUGGGACAAGAUCAGAGAAGAACCACUUUGAAAGUUCCCCUUUACCCACCUCUCCUAAGUUCUUAAGGCAGAACUGUAUUUACUCUACAGAAGCAUUGACUGGAAAAGCCCCCAGUGGUCAGGAAAAGUACAAACUUGAGAACCAUAUCUCCCCCGACGUUCGGGUGUUGCCUGGGGGAGGAGCCCAUGGAAGCACACGGGAUCAGAGCAUCUGA